AUGAACACGCAAAGUGACACCGACGUGCCUGCCGUUUCUGUUGUCGACUUGAAGCUUCCCCCAUUUUGGCCCACAGACCCCGAGGUAUGGUUUAUACAAGUUGAGGCUCAAUUCUCCGCCCGACGCAUCACAGCCGACCUCUCGCGCUACCACCACGUCAUAAGCUGCUUGCCCCCAGGAACCGCCAGCGAGGUCCGCGAUCUGCUGCUCGCCCCACCUGCGGAGAAUGCUUACAAGACUCUAAAGGACACACUCAUUCGGCGCCUCACCCCAUCGGAACCCGAACGGAUGCGGCAACUUCUGAGCGACACAGUCCUUGGCGACCGCACACCGACCCAGUUGCUGCGGCACAUGCAGAGACUUGUGGGAAGUGGUACAAGCCUCGACGGUACAAUUUUGCGCGAGAUAUUUCUUCAGCACCUCCCCAACAAUGUUCUCGUGGCUCUUGCUACGGUGGACGAAAAGGACCUCGGCAAGAUGGCUGCCAUCGCUGACACAAUCAUGGCGGCGGCACCCCCGUCCCUGGCGACCGUGCAACUGGAGAACACCUCCGCCUCCUCCCCCAACCACUUGCUCGAGCUCCGCGAAGAAAUCGCGCGCCUCACCGACACAGUGGCGGCCUUGCAGGCAAGCACCUCGCGCCCUUCGAAGGAACAUAUUUGA